CCUGGCCGCCCAGCUGCGGGCCCUGCUGGCCGAGCUGACGGCGCACAAGGCGGCCGUCCACGAGCGGCUGGAGCGCCUCGACGGCAAGCUGCGCCAGGCGCUGCGCCAGGGCGACCCGGAGAACGGCAGCAGCAGCCCCCGACGGAGCGGAGGGGCCGGCGAGCUGGGCGCCCUGCAGGAUAUUGUGAGUCGCCAGAACUUGCGGAUGGAAGAGCUCUUCCAGAAACUUAAACAGCAGCAAUACCGGAUGGAUAAACAGAACCUUCAGAUCAAAAGCCUUCAGAGCAAGGUCAACAUGUUAUUGCCGAUGCACAUCAAAGAAAACGAAACCCAAACGCUCCGCUGGAAGAACAGUGUUGUGCGCAGUGCUGACCGAGCCGCCAAUCACAGCCGGGCCCAGACUUCGGAGGCUUCCAAAUUCCCCACAGGUUGCCACCAGCUUUUCCGGGAGGGAGAACGAAGCAGUGGGGUGUUCCAGAUCCAGCCUCCUGGCUCCAAAACGUUCAGAGUCUUUUGUGAUCUGACUCCAGGUAGUGGCGGCUGGACAGUAAUUCAGAGGCGCUGGGACGGAUCUGUCGAUUUUGACCAGCUGUGGGAAGCCUACAGGAACGGCUUUGGAAAUAUGAGCGGAGACUUCUGGCUGGGCUUGGACAAGAUCCACCAGGUCGUACAAGAAGGAAUGUUCCGUCUCGUCAUUGAGAUGCAGGACUGGGAAGGGAACUCCCAGCUGGUCCAGUUUCUUUUCAGACUGGGUGGAGAAGACACUGCCUACACGCUUAGCCUCCUGGGUCCGGUCCUUGGAGAACUGGAGAAUGCCAUGGGUGACUUCCCCCAGUUGCCCUUCUCUACCCGGGAUCAGGACCACGACCUCAAGGGGGAUGCUAACUGCGCCAAGCAUCUCUCAGGAGGCUGGUGGUUCAGCACCUGUGGCCAUGUCAACCUGAAUGGCAAAUACUUUCGCUCCAUCCCGCGCCAGCGGCAUGAGAGGAAGCAGGGCAUCUUCUGGAAGACUUGGAAAGGGAGGUAUUACCCCCUGAAAUCAACCACCAUGAAGAUCCAACCCGUGGAGCCGGGAGUGGAACCCUAAAAGCCCCCGGGGUCACUCAGGAGACUGGGGGGGUGCCCCUCUGAUUUCCGCUUCUUCCGAGAGGCGGGUUCCGUUGGCUCCAGUGGGGGGCUCCGCAGGCUCUUUUGCUGACUUCCUGUUAAGACCACAGAAAGGAGCCCACCUUUCCAAGAGGUGUCCCUUGCAAUGACCUACGGGGCACUAUGGUGACUAGUUUCUCUGAUGGGAGAACCAACUUGGGGGAGUAACUGAACAAGGCGACUGAACAAGGAAGCAGACUUUCAGGUUCGUCGGCUGAGCUGGCUUCCGGGGCUCUGGCUUUUGCAUGAAGGCCACUGGGGAGCAGUGCCAGCUGGAGAGGCUGUUCUUUCAGAUUUGGUGCUUUUUUACAAAUUUAAAUACUCUCCAGUGGGUUUGUUGUUGUUUUCUGCUAAGGAGAGGGCUGUGCCUCUCCUUCCUCUCGAAAAGAGUCACCGCUUCAUACCUUGAAAGGCUGAAGACUGUUGUACUGUGGACUGCGCUCCCCCCUCAUGAACUGGCUCUCAUUGUAAACGAGGAUAGUGGCCCCUUUGGGGUUUGUGUGUGUGUGUGUGUGUGUGUGGUGUCCAUUUCCAAAGUUGGAGGUUUCCAUGGACCCCACUGGGUAAUGCUUCCAUCAGAAUGGUUAGCAGAGUGCCAGCUGUUGUGUUGUUAUCACAUAAGAGUUUGCCCAAGGUGAGCCUGGGUGAACUGGCUGGUAUUCUUGCCCUGGCGUUGGUGAUGCACCUUCGGCGUUACCUACAGCUCUCCACCUCCCACUAGUUGAAUAGCCUUUAGGCAGCAGAGAAGCGCAGCCAGAGAUGUACCCUGCUGGGUGCCCUUCAGUUUCGUUGCCACUAGAGAUGUAAGAUUUCCGGAAAUUUUGAAGCUCGGAAAACCGUUUUCCCCCCAGUUUUUU